AUGGACUUGGAUGGCGAGACAUUAGUUAACGAGUCUUAUGGAACGAUGGAGAACCCAAAGAAGAACUUGUGCGCCGUCUGCACUGGCCUCAAUCUAAGCGUAGAUAAGUUUAUGAUAAAGAAUGACUCUGUACCAGGGAAAAAAUUUCAGGUUUCUCUCCCGCCGCGCCACGCAUCUAGACGAGCGUUCUCGUUGAAAUCAGGCCAUCAGAAACAGGUCCUCGGUUCAAGAAAGGAGAUCAGAGACCGCAGUGACAGUUGUCCCUUUUGCGAGCUGGUGUCUAAAUCGCUCGAAACAGAAUUUAGAGCUGUAUUGCGAAGAGCUUCUAUGAGAUUUAAUACGAGUAACGGCUAUUCAUCUCAUGCCAGCAACCCUGAAGAACUGGACGAUGCACCGUGCCAUCUCGUCUGGGAGAUCGAUGGACGUGGGUCAACUGAGGAGAGCUUCAGCAGCAAGAGAAAUCGGACCCGCAGGAUCAAAAUAUGCUGGGGCCACCCGGAUCUUCAAAAAUAUGAAUGCUACCUUGUUUUCGUCGCACCGGAUCUUUAUACCGGAUUGCCCAAUUCUGAUGCGUUUGCAAUGUCUGCCGCUAGAAAGAGCACACAUUUUCUUGGGAGAAGUAUUGAUCCCUCGAAGGGAAAACAGGCAUUAAUCAAGAGCUGGUGGGAUUUAUGUAAAUUGAACCAUGGGUCUCGUUGCAACAGUCCUGUGCUGGAUGACGACCCUUUUCACGAAGUUCUGGCGCAGUCCUACUUUGGAGUCAUCGAUGUCAUUGACAUGCGACUUGUCUCCUUACCGUACGAGAUACUCGAUGGCUACUUGAAAUUCGAGGAUUACGUUGCUUUGAGCUAUGUAUGGGGCAUUCCCAACCCAGAACACCCGCCAUAUACUACUACCCGGGCGAACAUUAUGGAGCAUCGGAUGAUUGGAGGCCUAGAGAGAUCAUUACCGAAACUGCACGAUGCUAUUCGUGAAAGUAUAGCAGUGGUGCAGCGACUCGGUAUUCGCUACAUCUGGAUAGACUCACUCUGCAUUGUACAGGACAGUCGAAGGUCAUGGAGCCUCAAUGCACGCGUGAUGCAUCUCAUUUAUGGCAAUGCAACCCUAACAAUAUGCGCCGCAGAUGGCGAAGAUGCAUCUACGGGGCUCUUGGCCAUGGAUCCAGAUAACGCUUCAGACCAGCUGAAAGCAGAAUGUGCGCCAGGUGUGCAUCUGAUGGUCUCAAGGCCGCCUGAGAUUGGCGUCCAGCAAUCGAGAUGGAACAAGCGCGCGUGGACUUUCCAGGAGCGCCUUCUGUCCAAACGUUGCUUGAUUUUUACGCAAGGAAGGAUAUACUUCCAGUGCCGUUCCACGGGUAUGUCUGAAGAUAUAUUUGCUGAUGGGCGGGGUUCUGGCUGGUCCUUAGACUCGGUGCAAGCUCCUCUUCAGAUGCUGCGCGAGUUAAGAAGUCGGGCGCUGUGGUUUUACACAAAUUGUGUAUCUCUUUAUUCAUCACGGGAGCUCACAGAGUCCGGGGAUGUUCUGGCUGCAUUUAGUGGAGUCUGCAGUCUUAUGGAAGGCAACAUGAUGGUUCCCUUUGUAUUCGGCUUACCGAGCUCCCAUCUAGAUCUUGCUCUUCUCUGGGAACCAGCUUCGAAGAUGAGGCAAAGAGAUUCCUCUGGAAACAAGAAUAGUGAUAUAGAGUUCCCGAGUUGGAGCUGGUGCGGGUGGAUGGGCGCCAAAAUUGAGUAUAGGCGUGAGAUGGUUGAUGGUUGUUUGGAAAAUGUUCACGAGUGGCUGGUGAACCAUACGUGGAUCGUUUGGCACAUCCGCGAUGGGCAUGGGAAUUUGCGACCCUUGUGGGAUAAGGACAGGGCUGAAGAGGAUAGGAGUACGGAGACGAGGUGGAAGGGCUAUCGAGGUCGUUGGCCACUUGGAGACCAAGAUCCUAGAGGAGUACUGGAAUUCGUUCGGAGGGCACACACAACUACGGACGAUGGUAGCACGGAAACAUAUCCCUCAAGGUCAAAGCAAAUGCAGGUUGCGCGGAUGCCAUCUCGCGAAAACAUUCUACUCUUACCCCGUAAAGACCGUGACAUGGGUUAUGAGGACUACGCACCAUCCCCUAUCCCUUCAACCGCACCACAAGACAAUUUAGACAACGACUACCAGCAAGAAACAGAUCAGCGUAAACAGCCACACCUGAACCCCGGACCCUGUGAUCAAUAUCGCAUCAACCGAGAGUACCCAUACGCGCAGGCUUCGGAAGAAUUGGUAGAUAUCUUCGGGCGAGCAGUCCGAGCUGAAAUACGAGGCAGACAACAAUACGACUUCAAUCUGACGCUUCCCGAGAACCCUUUCCGCGUUCUGAAAGCACCACAGGGUUAUAGCGCUCGUCCAGACAAUGAGUUCCCUGAUCAACCCGUCUUGCAGUUCUGGACAUGGAUUACGUCCUUGCAUGUCAUACGAGCGGACACGAGUGAGGCCGACAAGAACAAGAUUGGAGAGGGGCUCUGCAGAUGCGACAUAGCUGACGGAGUAGGGGACUGGUGCGGCUCCAUAAUUGUUGACAACGAAUGGAUUAAAGAGAAAGAGAAGAACGGGCAUACAAUGUGUGAAUUCGUUGCUCUUUCAGAGGCGAAGGCCUUCACGGAAGAUGAGUGUCCUGUUUGGACUUAUUACAUUCCGAAAGAGAGACAUGAGAGUACGUGGGAUUUGUUCUUCGUCCUGCUUGUGAGGUACUAUCCUGAGAAGGGACUUUAUCAGAGAGUUGGGCUGGGGAAGGUUUAUAGGGCUGCGUUUCGAUUGGAUUCGGAUGAGUGGAGGGAGAUGAUUCUUGGUUGA